AUGACACGUCACAAGAAGGCUGGACCUCGCAGGACGGCUGGAUCUCGCAAGACGCUUGGAUCUGGCAAGAAGGAUGGAUCUCUCCGGUUCCACAAGACGGCUUACCGACAGUGGAGAAAAGCAGAAGACCAUCUUGUUGCCCUUCGGGACGAAGUACGAAGCCUGAACGAUCCGACUCGUACCGUUUACCCGAGUGAGGUCGCAGACAUUGAAACUCGGGUUGCCACAGCCGCCGACCUUGUAAACCGCCUCUGA